UCCGGUGGACGUUCCCUGGGACGGGCUGGGGCUUGAGCCGGUCCUUUGCGCUCUGCGGCCAUGGCGGACGGCGGUUCCCCGCGGGCCCGCGCGCUCCUGCAGCAGUGCGUGCACGCGCGCCUCCAGGUGCGCCCGCCGGACGGGGACGCGGCAGCGCAGUGGGUACAGGUUCAGAGAGGAUUGCUGAUCUAUGUGUGUUUCUUCAAGGGAGCUGAUAAAGAACUUCUUCCCAAAAUGGUUAAUACAUUGCUAAACGUGAAAUUAAGUGAAACUGAAAAUGGCAAGCACGUCUCUAUCCUGGAUCUACCUGGAGACGUUCUUAUCAUCCCUCAAGCCACACUUGGGGGCCGAGUGAAAGGAAGAAACAUGCAGUAUCACUCUAACUCCGGAAAAGAAGAGGGGUCAGCACUGUAUUCCCAGUUUGUAUGUCUUUGUGAAAAAGAAUUGGCUGCCAACAGCAAGUGUGCUGAGGCAGGUGUUGUAGUGCAACAUGGCACCUAUGGGAACCGGCAAGUGUUACAGCUGGAUACCCAUGGCCCAUACACACACCUAAUUGAGUUCUGAAAAAGUCUUUCCCACAUGGUUUCCUGGUAUGAAAUGAAGUAAUGAGAUUUUUCUUCCCCUUCAUUUUGAAUACAUAGAUCUGAAACCUACUUAGGCAGCUAAAUCCUGCAGCCCAUAAAUAACUGCAGCUAAUCAGACGACUGUGCCUGGUCCCCUGACCUGGGGCCUGUCGCCCUUUGUCCUACUUCCUCUGUCUUCCACUAGAAAACUUGAAAAGUGCUGUCUGUUCAUAGUCAUUAAGAAAAUCUUAACCAUAUUUCAAAAAUUGCAUACAUUUAAAAUAUGAAGAAAUUUGUAGUCAUAGAAAACGUAUUUCAUACUCUCAAAUGUGCAUGAUAGGUAAUAAAAAUAAUUAUUUGUA